AUGGCCUUUGAAGGUCUUCAUCUUCUGUCUUUUCUACUGCUGUCCCAAGGAAUCCACCUUUCUCAAGGAAGCUGUGGAAGCGCUGAGUUUCAGUGCAGCAGUGGACAGUGUAUAAACGUAGCCUGGAGGUGUGAUGGAACCAAAGACUGCACAGACGACUCGGAUGAGCUAAACUGUCCGAGUCCCUCGUGCACCUCACAGCAAUUCAAAUGUGUGACAAGUGGUGAAUGCAUCUCAUUGGGAUUUGUCUGCGAUGGAGAGGAGGACUGCACCGAUGGCUCGGACGAACAAAGAAGCUGUGGGGGAAGGACCUGCAGCUCGGACCAGUUCACAUGCCAGGAGGGCCAGUGUAUCCCAGUUAGCUACAGAUGUGACCACGUGAAGGACUGUGUGGACAACUCUGACGAGAACAGCUGCAACUACCCUCCUUGCACUGAGAAGACUUGUGCUAACGGGGCCUGUUAUAAAAACUCUCAGCACUGCAACGGACCGCAGGACUGUCGAGACGGCUCUGAUGAAUUCAACUGCACGACUCAGCACUGCCCCAUUCACCAGUAUCAGUGUUCAAAUGGCUACUGUAUUCCAAUGUCCUUUGUAUGUGACCACUGGGACGACUGUGGGGACAACAGUGAUGAACAAGACUGUGCGUAUCCGAGCUGCAGCGGCAACGAGUUCACGUGUUCCAGCGGUCGCUGUAUUCCUCAGAAGUGGGUGUGCGACAAGUUCAACGACUGUGGGGACUACAGUGAUGAGAAAGGAUGUGACAGCAACUCUCGGGACUGUUACCCUGGUGAGUGGGGAUGCCCGGGCUCUACAGCUUGUGUACCAGUGGGCAAAGUGUGCGACGGCAAACCCGACUGUCCCGGAGGAACAGACGAGAACAACUCCACCGCACAGAAAACCUGCAGCCUUGAUCGCUGCUCCACCCUGAGCUGUGAGUUCUUCUGCCACCCAUCUCCUGAGGGAGGCGCUUGCUACUGCCCCGAUGGUUUCGUUGUAGCCAAUGACAGUCGUUCCUGUGUCGACUAUAACGACUGUCAGAUCUGGGGGAUCUGUGACCAGCUUUGUGAGGAUCGUCCUGGGACACAUCACUGUAGCUGCGCCGGUGGAUACUUCCUGGAGCAGGGUCAUAUCUGCAAAGCCAAUAUAUCAGCUGGACUACCACAGCUCAUUUUCACAAACGGGGGAGAAGUGAUGAUGGCAGAUAUCCACGGACGCCUCGUCAGAACUCUGGUGCCGUCUCAGGGCAAAGGUUAUGCUGUGGGCGUGGCCUACCAUUCGCGCAGUGACAUCAUUUUCUGGAGUGACACUUAUACCGAAAAGGUGUAUUCUACCAACUAUAAUGGGGGAAACAUCAAGGAGGUUCUGGCGGUCUCGGUCAAUAAUGUCCAGAACCUCGCUGUGGACUGGAUCAACUUCAAACUCUAUGUCCUAGAGGCCAUGGUGGAGCGUAUCGACAUGUGUGACUACGAUGGAGACAAUCGGGUCACACUGGUGGCUGAAAACCUGCAUACGCCACAUGGACUGGCCCUGGACCCCACAGUGGGCUACAUGUUCUUCACAGACAUGGGCACCAGCACUGAGCAGGUGAAGCUGGAACGUGCCUUCAUGGAUGGCAGUAAUCGCUUGGAGCUGGUGAAGAUUAGACUCGGCACUCCGACAGGAAUUACUCUGGAUAUCGUCAAUCGGAGGGUCUACUGGUCUGACAGCCACUUUGACACCGUGGAGACUGUCACCUACAGUGGGCUGGACAGGAAAAUGGUCCUUAAUGGUGGAACCCAGGCUCCGCAUCCUUUUGGAAUUGCUGUGUUUGAAGACCACGUUUUCUUCACUGACUGGACCAAGAUGGGUGUGGUGAGAGCCAACCGGUUCAACGGCAGCAACACUUCACUUCUCUAUCGGACCGCGCAGAAGCCGGGUCAUGUUGUUGUCUCACACCCUGUCCUGCAACCUGUUGUGAUGAACCCAUGUGGCAAACACAACGGCGGCUGUCAGCACAUUUGUGUCUUGAGUCACCGCUCCGACAAUGAGGGACUUGGCUUCCGCUGCAAAUGUCGCCACGGUUAUGACCUUCAGCCAGACCGUCACACCUGCUUUAAGGUGAAGGACUACUUGCUGGUGGCCACCUCUCUUGCGGUGCGGGGAAUCCCACUGAACAUUUCCCUCCAGGAGGACGUCACCCUGCCCCUCCAUGGGCUUGGGAGUUCCUUCUCUGGUUCUGCUGUCGAGUUCGACGGCAAAGAGGAGGCAAUUUUCUACAAUGACAGGUCCAAGGGACUUAUCUAUAAGUCAAACCUCAAUGGGACAGUCCAACAGAUUUUGACAGGCUACAGAGUGGGAAUAGUUGAUGCCAUGGCUUAUGACUGGACCUCCAAUGUUUUGUUUUGGACCACAAGCUCUUACAAGACGGUGGUGGCCCUCAAUGUCAAAGACAAGUCCAGACGAGACAUUGUGACGGGCCUGAGGAACCCAAAGGGAAUCGCAGUGCAUCCUAGUGCUGGCUUCUUGUUCUGGUCUGACUGGUACCGUCCAGCGGUCAUCAUGAGGGGCUUCACUGACGGCAGCAAUGCUGUUCCUCUGGUCAACACGACACUGGGAUGGCCAUACGGGCUCUCUGUGGACUAUGUGAUGGACAGGGUGUACUGGGUGGAUUCCCUCUUGGACCAGAUUGGUCACAUUAGCAUCCAAGGCUAUGACAGACAGGUGUUUACCAAUAUCGGCCAGAUCACUCAACCCUUCUCUCUGACUAUUUACUCAGAUUACCUGUACGUGUCUGACACACGGACCAGAGGAAUAUUCGAGAUGAGGAAGAGGGAUGGAGGCGGAAACAUCAUGAUCAGACAAGGAGUCACUGGGAUCAUGAAUGUUAAGGCCUACACAGCCGACCUUCACAGCACGUUAACCAGCCGGUGCAAUGUGGUGGCCAACGGGCGGUGCAGCCACUUCUGUUUCCCAACCCCCUCCUUCAAUCGAGUGUGCGGCUGUCCAUACGGCAUGAAGCUCCAGGCCAACCAGAGGGACUGCAUCAAGGACGAUUCCGUCAUCCCACCCGACAACAUCUGUGGGGACAACUCCUUCGAGUGUGACGAAGGACGUUGCCGGCCCAACUCCUACCGCUGUGAUGGGGUCUUCGACUGCAUAGAUAAGAGUGAUGAGGCCAACUGCACAGAUACAGGAGCGACCUGCUCUCCACAAGCAUUCACCUGCGACAAUAAGCACUGCAUCCUCACCGGUUGGCGUUGUGAUGGCAUGGAUGACUGCGGCGAUGGUUCUGAUGAGAAUAACUGUCCCACUCAUCUUCCCACCACCUGCACAGCCGACUUCUUCACCUGCGAUAACAGCAGGUGUAUUUCUAAACUGUGGCUGUGUGACGGCGACAAUGACUGUGGCGACGGCUCUGAUGAACGAGGCUGCAAUUCAACCAUCACUACAUGCCCCCCCACUUACUUCCUGUGCCCCGACCACCGCUGUAUCUACAACUCCUACGUCUGCGAUGGGGACCAGGACUGCCUUGAUGGAUCUGAUGAGAAAAACUGUGAGUUUUCCUGUGCCUCCUUUGAGUUUGCCUGUGCCAGCGGGGACCAGUGUGUCAAUACGAUAUAUCAGUGUGAUGGGGUGUUUGACUGCAGGGACCAUUCUGAUGAGCGAGACUGUCCCACUCGAGGACCAGGCCUCUGCCACAACGAUGAGUUCCAGUGCCAGGCCGAUGGGUUCUGUGUACCAGGCGAGUGGGAGUGUGACGGACAUCCAGACUGUGAGGACGGAUCAGACGAACACAACUCCUGCCCACCUACCACUUGCGGAUCCAGCAACUUCCAGUGCACCAACAAAAUGUGCAUCCCGACAAUUUGGCUGUGCGAUGGUGACAAUGACUGUCGGGACAUGAGCGAUGAACAGAACUGCCCCACUCCUCCUUUCAGUUGUCCAUCCGGCCAGUGGCAGUGCCCCACUGACCUGGCAUGCAUAGACUUGGACAAGGUGUGCAACGGACAGAGGGACUGUCCCAACGGAGCAGACGAGUCACCAAUCUGCAACCAAGAUGAUUGUGUGCUGAACAACGGGGGCUGCAGUCAUGACUGUGUCCAAGGACCUUUUGGGGCUCAGUGCACGUGUCCUUCAGGACUUCAACUCAACGACUCCAAGACCUGUGAGGACAUCAACGAAUGUCUGAUCCCUGGUUUCUGCAGCCAGCAGUGCUACAACGAGAGAGGGAGCUUCCGGUGCUACUGCUCGGAUGGUUACCUCCUUGAGCCCGAUGGACGCACCUGCAAAGCUGCCGACCAGCUAGCAGCUAUACUCCUGGUUGCUAAGCGUAGCCAGAUAAUCGCCAACCGCAUCUAUAUGAGACCACCCCUGCUGCAUCCAGUGGUCAGCGGUUCAAGCAUAGUGACCGUAGACUUUGAUCGUGUGACCUCCAAAAUCUACUGGGCAGAUGCUUCCCAGAAGAAGAUAUGGCGUUCCAACCAGAAUGGCACCGACAGACAGGAAGUAUUCUCCACUGGUUUAAUGGUGCCAGAGAGUAUAGCUGUGGACUGGGUGGGUCGGAACCUUUAUUGGACCGACUCUGUCAUGGAGAACAUUGAGGUGUCCACUCUGGAUGGUCGCUUCCGCAAAGUCCUCCUCACUAAGAACGUCACCAGCCCCCGGGGACUAGUUCUGGACCCUCGCAACUACACCAACCUGAUGUUCUGGUCAGACUGGGGUCAGAAUCCCAGGAUCGAGCGGGCCGACAUGGACGGAUCCAUGAGACGAGUCAUCGUUAGCACGAAGAUCUACUGGCCCAACGGCCUGGCCCUGGACUACACCACACGCAGGGUCUACUUUGCAGACGCCUACCUCAAAUAUAUUGACUACUGUGACUAUGAUGGCAACAACCGCCAACAGGUCUUGGCGAGUGACCUGGUUCUCCAGCACCCGCAUGGCAUGACCAUCUUCGAGGACAGUGUCUACUGGUCUGAGCGCUACACCAGCAAAGUGAUGAGAACCAACAAGUUCCACGGUGGCAACAUCACCACUCUGAUGAAUGAUGUCUACCAACCCAUGGGCAUCGUGAUGGACCAUCCCAACAAACAACCCAAUGCCCUCAACCCAUGCAGAGAACACAUGUGCACUCAGCUGUGCCUGCUGUCGGCCCUGAGACCCAGGUACUACACCUGCCACUGUCAGUCGGGCUGGAAGCUGGACGCUGAUCGACGCACAUGUAUCAAAGAUGGCACUCCCUUCUUGAUGGUGGUGAGAGACUCAGUGAUUUUUGGCGUCCCUCUGGACCCCGCUGACCCCUCAAACAAUGCAAUGGCCCCGGUUUCAGGCAUCAGCCAGGGGCGGGACAUCGACUUUGACGACCAGGAGGAGUUUGUCUACUGGGUGCAGGGCACUGGUUCUAUAUGGCGAGUGCAAACCAGUGGUAUCAACAGGUCGGAGUUUGCUCCAGCUGCUUUCAUGGGCUCACCCUCUGGUCUGGCUUUUGAUUGGAUAAGCCGAAUAAUGUAUUACACCAAUCCCACUGUUAAAACCAUUGAGGUAAUCCGUGUCGAUGGUAACCAACACUAUAGAAAGACCCUCAUCACCUCCAAUGGCAAACCUGAGGGAGUGGGAGAACCCAUUGGAAUAGCCUUGGAUCCAGCCCGGGGGAAAUUGUUUUGGACAGACAAGGGGUCGGACAGUGGCGUUCCCCCUAAGGUUGGCAGCUCGGACAUGGACGGAGGAAAUGUCAGGAACCUCUACACGGGCAACUUGGCGAACAUAGGAUUCAUCGCUGCGGACGUCUCUGUCAGAAAACUGUACUGGGGUGUAGCAGGCUCUGGGGUGAUCGAAAGUGGCACCAUGGACGGAGUGACCCGGGUGACGGUGGUCAGUGGUCUGUCCCAUCCCUGGGGGCUGACGGUCUACCAGAACCACCUCUACUACACAGACCUGGACUUCGAGGUCAUUGAGAGGGUGGACAAGGAAAACGGUGCCAACAUGGUGGUGAUGAGGAGUGGCAUGUCCGGUCUGCGUGCUCUCAAAGUGCACGCCAGAGACGACUCAGCAGGGACCACCAAUGCCUGCAGCUCCAACAACGGGGGCUGUCCUCACCUCUGUCUGCCCAAACCAGACAAUCAGAAGACCUGUGCCUGCACCACAGGCUUUAUCCCCUCACAAGAUGGCUCCCGCUGCGAACAGUAUGAAUCCUUCGCCAUCGUUUCCAGCCCCAACUUCAUCCGUGGCUUCCACAUAAACAGCUCGGACCACUCGGAGGCAAUGGUUCCUGUCGGUGGAUCUUCCUACUCUACUAAGGACAAACUGGACCUCCAUAUUGAAUCUGGCUCUAUUUUCUGGACUGACAACUCCACCUCCACCUCGUACAGAGGGAUCUUUAAAGCAAAAACUGAUGGAGGCGCAUUCAGCAGUGUCAUCACCUCAGGCGUUGGAAAAAGAGGCAUUCAGGGCCUCGCAAUAGAUUGGAUUGCAGGUAACCUAUACUUCACCAACGCCUUUGACAGCGAGACCUUCCUAGAAGUACUUGCCAUCAACACCACCUAUAGAAAGAUUCUCCUCAAGUCCUCCCAGGAUCAACCCCGUGACCUGGCCGUCAGCCCCAAGCUCCGCUACCUCUUCUGGGCAGAUGGCGGCCAAACACCUAAAAUUGAGAGAGCUCUGUUGGAUGGCACCAACCGCACGGUGCUGGCAUCAGAGAGCCUGGCUUCACCUCGCGGCCUCACCGUUGAUUACACAAGCAACUUUCUCUAUUGGACAGAUGAUGUUCUUGAUAUGAUCUCCCGUAUGGACACAGACGGGACACAGAGGCAGAUUGUCAGGUACGGGAGUCGUUAUCCAUCUCCCACAGGCUUGGCUUUAUUUGGAGACCACAUGCUGUGGGUGGAUAAGAAGCUGGGGAAGCUGUUCCAGGCCAGUAAGGACCCAGCCAAUACUGACCAGCCGGAGGUCAUACGAGACAGUCUUGAUGGGCUGAUGGACGUCGCCAUAUUUGAUGCUCAUGUCCAGCCCACAUCUGCCAACCAGGUCGACUUCAACCCAUGUCGAGAAGAUAACGGACGCUGCCAGCAGCUCUGCUUCGCCAUCGCAGGCCAGGAGAAACCCAAAUGUGACUGCGCACAUGGGUCGCUCCUUACUAACGGGGUAACAUGUGGUUAUGGCCUGGAUGAGUUUCUCAUUUUCACCACAGACUACACACUGAGUAGCCUGAGAUUAGACCCUGCGGACCACAGCACUCCCUAUCCAGCGGUGAACUCAGGCUACAACACGAUGGCGCUGGAUUAUGACUUCAAGGAGAAGCGGAUUUUCUUCACCCAGUAUUUGGGGAUCGGGCGAAGCAGGAUUGGCUACAUCACUACAACAUCCAUCACCAGCCCUCCUGUCUAUAUAGCUACAAAUUUGGAUGAUCCCGAGGGAGUGGCCUAUGACUGGGUCAAUAAGCGCCUCUACUUUACUGACUACUAUACACGUAAUGUCCAGUCCAUUGGAGUGGACGGGAUGAACCGCUCCAUCGUCGCCCAUUCAAAUCGUCCCAGAGGCAUCGUUGUUGACCCAUGCUAUGGUUACCUCUACUGGACUGACUGGGGCGUCCCAGCGAAGAUCGAGAGGGCCACACUGGGUGGAAACUUCCGUACCGAUAUCAUCAACAGCAGCCUGACUACACCGAGUGGCCUCUCUCUGGAUUACAAAGAAAGGAUGCUCUACUGGGCUGACUCUUCAUUAGACAAGAUAGAGCGAUCUACUCUAACUGGUGAGAACCGACAAGUGAUCUUGCAGGGCGUCCAAUACCCGUACGCCUUGACUGUCUUCCAGCAGGACAUUUUCUGGACUGACUGGACUGAGAGAGGCGUCUUCAGGGCUGGAAAGGAAGAUGGCUCUGGCUUUACAGUGCUGGCCCAGGACCUGCAGUACCGGCCAAACGACAUCCAUGUUUAUGCUGCAUCCAAGCAGGAGAUCUGCUCCAGCUCCUGUCAGCAGUUCAACGGAGGCUGCAGUCAUGUCUGCGUUCCCGGUCCACUGGGUCCAGAGUGCCAGUGUCCUCAUCAGGGAAACUGGUACCUCGCCAACAACGGCAAAGACUGUAUCAAAGACACGGGGACACGCUGUAAGCCAGAGCAGUUCACCUGCCUCAACGGGGACUGCAUCUCAUCUCGAUUGAAGUGCGACGGCUUCAACGACUGCCACGAUCACUCAGACGAGCUGCAGAGAGUGUGUGCUUUCCACACCUGCUCAGCAACGGACUUCACCUGCGACAAUGGCCGCUGUCUGCCGAUCAGCUACGCCUGUGACUACACAGAUGACUGUGGGGACAACAGUGAUGAGAGGGGCUGCCCUUUCCCCACAUGUAACCCCACCACCGAGUUCACUUGUGGCAACGGACGCUGCAUCAGCGCAGCAUUUGUCUGUGACGGUAGCAACGACUGCAGGGACAAUGCCACCUCGGACGAAAUCAACUGCCCUGACAGAACGUGUCCUGCUGGUCUGGUGAAGUGUGACUCAACCAACAUCUGCCUUUACCCUGGAAGCCUGUGUGACGGCUACAACGACUGUGGAGACAACAGCGAUGAGAAUCCUCUGUUCUGUGCGGGUCGCACAUGCUCUCCUUUCCAGUUCCGCUGCGAUGAGGGAAAGUGUAUCCCUCAGACUUGGGUGUGUGACUUUACCAGAGACUGCGUUGAUGGGACAGAUGAACCUCCAGGUUGUGAGGACCAGAUCAGGACAUGCAAUCCCGGCCAGUUCACUUGUACCGAUGGAAACUGCAUCCCCCAGUCAUUGGUCUGUGAUGGCAACAGUGACUGUUGGGACAACAGUGAUGAGGCUUUUGAACUACAAUGUGGACAACGUACCUGCAGUUCUGACCAGUUCACCUGCCCAACCUGGCACCCCGGCCACCCACGCUGUGUGCCCUUAAGCUUUCUGUGUGAUGGGGAGAAGGAUUGUGCCAAUGCGGCGGAUGAGCUCCAGAACUGCCCCAAUCGGACAUGCCACAUGGACGAGUUUGCCUGCUCCAAUGGAAUUUGCAUCUUUCUCCCCUUCCACUGUGACCGUGUCAACGACUGCGGGGACGGUAGCGAUGAGUUGGGCUGUACUUACGACACAUGCAAGACCAGUCAGUUCACCUGUGGCAACGGAGCCUGCAUCCCCGCCUCCUUCACCUGCGAUGGAGAGAGCGACUGUACGGACGGCUCUGAUGAAGAGGACAGCUUGUGCAUCACUCCACAGCCCACCUGUGCUCCCCAAAACUACCUCUGCAAGUCGGGCGAGUGUAUCGACAACCACAAGGUGUGCAACGGAGAGAAGGACUGCCAGGACAACAGCGACGAAAAAGGCUGUGGAGUCAACGAGUGCAGAAACCCUUCAGUCCACCAGUGUGCCCAGGUCUGCACCGACACCGUCACCGGUUACUUCUGCUCCUGCAACCCCGGCUACCAACUCAUGCCAGACGGCAAAGCUUGCGAGGACCUCAACGAGUGUCUUAGUACACCGGCCGUCUGCAGCCAGAUCUGUGAGAACUCUUUUGGCUCGUACCACUGCAAAUGUGCCCCAGGGUACAUCCGAGAGGCAGAUGGUCGCACCUGUCGCCAGAACAGCGGCGUUGCCCCCUACCUGUUGUACAGUAAUCGCUACUACAUCCGCAAUAUGACCACGGAUGGGUCACAACUGAGCAUAGUCCUGCAGGGGCUGUCGAAUGCGGUGGCAUUAGAUUUCGAUCACUAUGAGAAGAGGCUUUACUGGCUGGACGCAGGGACAGGAAAGAUUGAGAGGAUGCGCUUUGACGGGACCGACAGGGAGACGGUGACGGAAGACGACGUUAGAGGAGCCGAAGGCCUCGCGCUGGACUGGGUGGGCAGGAAGUUGUACUGGGUGGAUGGUUAUUACGGCUCACUUCAUGUCAUGGAGCUGGAUGGGCGUUACCGAAAGAGGCUGCUUGAAGGGCAGUUCACGGAUGGAAAUUCCACUUACAAGAUCAGCCGACCUCGGGCUGUAGCCGUUAACCCUAAACAUGGAUGGCUGUAUUGGACCGAUUGGGCGGAUGAAGCUUAUAUCGGCAGAGUCGGCAUGGACGGAAGCAACAUCAGCGCCAUCAUCACUACCAAGCUGGAGUGGCCCAACGCGCUGACCAUCGACUACACCACCAACAAGAUCUUCUUUGCUGAUUCACACCUUAACUUCCUGGACUUUGCAGAUAUGGACGGCCAGAACCGACACCGGGCCUUUGGCGGUACUCUUCCUCAUGUCUUUGCCGUUUCCCUGUUUGAGGACUGGGUGUACUGGACUGACCGGAACACACACACAGUGGAGAAGGCGCACAAGUACACCGGCGAGCAGCGCACAGUCAUGGGGAACAACACACAUCGACCCUACGACAUUCAUGUCUACCACCCCUACAGGCAGCCCCGAAGUGAAAACCCCUGCUCCUCCCAUCACCUGACCUGCAGUCAUCUGUGUCUGAUCGCACCCGGUGGGCAACAAGCUUCCUGUGAGUGUCCUGAUCACUUCACCAGCAUCAUGGUGGGAUUCAAGAUCCAGUGCGUCGCUGACUGCAGCAGCACCCAGUUCCGCUGCGGAGACAAUGAGAGGUGUGUGCCCAUAUGGUGGAAGUGCGACGGCCAGUCUGAUUGUGGUGAUGGUUCAGAUGAACCUCAGACCUGCACCCCCCGCCUCUGCCCUAUCGGCCAAUUCCAGUGUCAAGAUGGUAACUGCACCUACCCCGGGUUCAUCUGCGACGGCCACUCGGACUGCCCCGACAGCUCAGACGAGGACGCUGCUCUCUGCAGUGACCACCGGUGCCAGGAAAACCAGUUCCAGUGUAAAAACAAGAAGUGCAUCCCUGUGUCCUGGCAUUGUGAUGGAGUGGAUGACUGUUCGGACGGCAGCGACGAGGAUGCAGAGACGUGUGCCCAGAAAACCUGUGGACCGGGAGAGUUCCAGUGUGCCAACGGGCGCUGCCUGCCGUCGAGCUACGUGUGCGACGCCCAGGACGACUGCGGAGACGGAUCUGAUGAACCGUACGAGACCUGCAGGGGUCCCGACUACAAGUGUGACCCAGACACCGAGUUCUCCUGCAAGACAAACUACCGCUGCAUUCCUCAGUGGGCCCGCUGCGACGGCACCAACGACUGCAUCGACAACAGCGAUGAGCAGGGCUGCGAGGAGGUGACCUGUGAUCCUCUGGGAGAUUUCCGGUGUGACAACCACCGCUGUGUUCCCGUCCGCUGGCAGUGCGACGGCAGCAAUGACUGUGGUGACGGCUCGGACGAGAGGAACUGCCAGCCAAGGCCCUGCUCUGAGAGCGAGUUCCGAUGUGACGACGCACAGUGCAUCCCUGGGAACUGGGUGUGUGACCAUGACAAUGACUGCGGGGACAACUCGGACGAACGGGACUGUGACCUGCAGACCUGUCGACCGGGUUUAUUCCAGUGUGACUCGGGUCACUGUGUCCCCGCUGUGCUGCAGUGCGAUGGCCGGGCUGACUGUCAGGACCUGUCGGAUGAGACCAGCUGUCCUACUCGUUACCCAGGGGGCCGUUGGUGUCCCCUGAGCCAGUUCCAGUGUGCCAACAGUCUGUGUGUGAACCAGGGCUGGGUGUGUGACGGCCUCGACGACUGCGGGGACCGCUCUGACGAGCAGCUGAGUUUGUGCUUGAACAUCACCUGUGAGAUGCCGUCCAAGUUCCGCUGUGCCAACGGCUAUUGUAUCUACUCUGGCCGGCUGUGCAACCAGAAGGACGACUGUGGAGACGGCAGCGACGAGAAUGAAGAAAUCUGCCGUGAGCCCACGCUCGCCCCCUGCACGCUGGAAGAGUUCAAAUGCACCAAUGGAAACUGUGUGGCUCUGCAGUAUGUAUGUGACCACAACGACAACUGUGGGGACCGCACUGAUGAGCUGGGCUGCAAUUUUGGCCUUGAUCGAAACUGUGAGGAGAAGCUGUGCCAGCAUGAGUGCACCAACCUGAACGGCACCGGCUUCAUCUGCUCCUGCCGACCUGGAUACAGGGUGGACCCGGACAGCACCUACACCUGCCUGGACAUCGAUGAGUGUGAGGUGUUUGGCACGUGCCCUCAGGUCUGUAAGAACACUAAAGGUGGCUUCGACUGUGAGUGUGCGUCUGGAUACAGGAGAGUGGGCGACGGCAACAUGUGCGAGGCUGAAGGAGCGACUCCCCUGCUGCUUCUACCGGAGAACAUUCGUAUCCGGAGGUUCAACCUGCAGACGGAGGCCUACCAUGACUUCCUCCGAGAAGAAGAGCGCAUCAUGGCUCUGGACUACGACUGGGACCACAACAACACUGGACUCAGUGUGGUUUACUUCACGGUGGCCAGUAAGGACUCUGUGGCCGGAGCCAUCAGGAGAGCGUACAUCCCUUCAGUGGAUGACGGCAGUAACAACAUGGCCGCUGCUGUCGACCUCGGCAUCAAAUACAUCACCAGACCAGAUGGGAUCGCCGUGGACUGGGUGGGCAGAAACCUGUACUGGGCAGACUCCAGGUUGAAGAGGUUGGAGGUGGCCAUGUUGGAUGGACGCUACAGGAAGCACCUUGUGAAAACUGAGCUAGGUCACCCAUCGGCUGUGGCGGUCAACCCACGACUGGGGAUGUUGUACUGGGCAGACCGCGGGGAAUCAGCCAAGAUUGAGUGUUCUUGGCUGGACGGCCAGGAGAGGAAGGUCCUCGUGGCGGACGGCCUGGGUUGGCCCACCGGCCUGUCCAUCGACUACACGAACGGAGACAGAAUCUACUGGUCCGACUCUAAGGAAAGCCGCAUCGAGUCGGUACUGCCGUCCGGAGAGGAACGCAGAACGUCUGUCUACAUAGAUGUGAGGAACCCGUUCAGUGUGAGUGUGUUCGAGGACCAUGUCUACUGGAGCACGCAGGAGAAAGGCGAGGUCUUCCGACAGGACAAGUUUGGCCGCGGAGCGAAGACCAAGCUGCUCACUGCCGGACCCUGGCUGACCCAGGUCUCUGUGUACCAGCAGCAGAGAUACAACUCCAUAGGCAUGAAGAAUCCGUGUAAGGGAACCUGCAGCCACCUGUGUUUGCUGCGACCGGGAGGCUACACGUGUGCCUGCCCCGAGGGAACCAGCCUCAUCACCGGCAGUAACACCGAGUGUGAUGCUGGAUUUGACCCCCCACCCACCAUGCCGCCGCCAUGUCAGUGUCGAAACGGAGGCACCUGCUACUUUGAUGACAACAAGGCUCUCUGCAAAUGUCCUCCAGACUGGAGUGGAGAAUACUGUCAGACAAACAUAUACAACGUGGUCACAUCCACACUUGGAAUCGCCCUUGGGGUGACAGUCGUGAUUGUGCUUGUGCUCGUUGCUCUGGUCUACGCUGCCAGGAAGAAAUCCAACCUGCUGGAGAGCCUGAGAAGCAACCUGCCCUCCAUGCCCAGUAUGCCCAGUAUGCCCAGUAUGCCCUCCAUGCCCAGUAUGCCAUCUAUUCCCACUCUGGCGAACUUCAGGAACGGUGCAACUCGAAAUGCAGCGCCAACGGAGGACAGUGACACCAUGAUGGAUUCAACAGCCAUUCAGGUUCCUUCUAUGUCCAUGCUGGACACAGAGAGGAAUAAUUUUGAGAACCCGGCGUACGAAGCUGGACAGGAAGUCGCCUCCAGCAGCGCAGCGAGGGUCUCCUCCUCUCCGGGAGGGACAAACAAGGAGAACAUUGAAAAUCCGUUGUUCAUGGAAGAAGUUCAUGUUGUGAAUGAGCCCACGAGGACUGAAAGGGAACCUGCUGUUGACGGCAAGGAGACGUUUGAGAACCCAGCAUACGGCUCAGAGACAGAGGACAUUGACCCUAACCCUAACCCUGCAGCUUCAAGUGUACAGGUAACCAUGGACACGUUACAAAACUUUGAAUCCACUGGAGAAGACAGUUCAGUGUCUUUCAGAAAUCCUAUGUUCACGGAACAAGUGUUUGCUCCUGACUACGACGUUUGA